UUUCGUAUUUUUCGCGAUUAGCGGCAAUGUAGGAAAGUCGUAAGAGGCGAUGCCGAUAAAGUCGAUUUUCGCGCGCACACAGCGACAACCCGGCCGAAUUGGAACGACUCGCUAGGAGUGUUUCGGCGGUCGAGCCGAGCGCGCCGCUGAAAUAGAUCGUAUUGUACAUAGAAAAUUCUGACAGCUCGGAACCGUCACAAGAAAAUAAUGUCGUUUUUAUUACAUUUUUUGAUAAAUUAUUAUUCUAGUUUCGGUUCGGCGGCGUUCCAACGGCCUUAUCGAUUUUCCUAUUUAGCGCGCUAUCGUAUUUUAUACAUUUUCGAAAGGUCCGCGGCGCGUCUAUGCGCUUUCGAAAAAUAUUUUACAAGUAUUUUCUCGGCGGCGAACGGACGUCGAGUGCGGUGCCGUAAAUUGGUAAUAAUUCCGUUGAUUACACAGUAAUAUAGUGUCCGAAUAUGGGUUAGUGGUGAGGAACACGGACUCUGCGAGCGUUGACUUGUGUGAUACGAUCCUAUGAAAAAUGUUUGUGUUAAGUGCAAGUUUUUAGUGCAUAGUUGUUUGAUAGUUGCGUCUGGUGCAUUCCGAUUGUGAAAGUGCACCGCUAGUGUUAUUGUGCGUUGGAUGCUGCAGCUGUGGCCACGGACCUGGGCGCACCUCGCUCACCUGGACGGUCACUCCUAUAUACCCCUACCACCGAAGGACUACAUUCCAAACGAAUUAAAUACAAAUGUACCUUAUUCUGAAAUUAUAGAACUAAGAUAUUAUAAUAAUUAAGAAAAAACAAGGAGAGAACUCGACCAAACAUUUUCUACCAAACUUGGAAUUCUCAAAUGACCUGCCUUCUCUAUACCAAAGUCUUAAGAGAUAUUUAUUUGUGGUGUUUAAUCUUAUGUUGUUGAAGAUGAUGCCUCAACAGUACUGUCUACGGUGGAAGCAUCAUCAUAGUAAUGUACAGAAUAUGUUCGCACAACUCCUCGAAAAAGAACGGUUCUGCGACGUCACCCUGUAUUGUUCGCCGAGCUUCGCCACUCAGGUAGCCGGCAAGGACACCGUGGAACCGCAGAACAUACGAGGAGUUUCUUUGAGAGCACACAGGGUGGUGUUAGCAGCAUGUUCAGAACUCCUCGGCACGCUACUAGGAGCCCACGAGGCGCAAGGAGAGCCAGUCCUCGUGAUCGAUGGAGCAGAACCCAAGCAUUUGAAGGCGUUGCUGGAUUACAUGUACACUGGGGAGAUGAAUGUGCAUCAUUCCCAACUCGCCAGUUUGCUGAAGACGGCCGAGGAGUUACGCAUCAAGGGGCUCACAGAUAUCAGGUGGAACAAUAAGGAUGAACCGCCUGAUUCUCAAGCAGGGCUAGUAGCAACAGCGACCCCAAUAGAGAAGCUCCCCGACAAGCAAGACCCCAAGCCCCCGACCAAGUUGUCCCCCAAGUCGACCCCCGAACCGGAGCCGCGGAAAAACGACUGCAGCGAUGUGGAAGUCAAACCGGGGGAGAAGUUUAAUGUUAACGGCGGCCCUCCACCCUUGAUAAAACUACCGAUGAGAGAAAAAUCAAGUCCAAUCAAAAGAGAAAACUCAGAUUCAGAUAGUCCGAGUCCCAAAAGACAGCGGCUGACAAGUUUAACGGAACACACGGACGAAGAAUGUAGCAGCAUUGUUAAAUCAGAACAUGAUCAAGAAUGGCGAUACGGAAACUUAAAAGUGUAUGAACAGGACAUAUCGGCGGAGCGGGUGGUGGGCUGGGGCAUGCGCGGCUCCCGGUCCACGUCGAGAGACGCCAGCGAUGACGAGUGGGCUGAUGCUCCGGCUGAUAUAGGCUCCUUCUUGCAUACGAAGCUGAGGGUCGAUGGUGAUAAUAGUGCUGACGAGGAAUCAAACGAGAGCUUGCCAACGCGUGCGUCUGCGGCGUCGUCGUCCGCACCAUCCGCCUCCAACGUCGAGUUACGCGUCGAGCUCGCUAAGGCACAGCUAGCGCAGUUGAAUAAAAAUACUCCAAGCAAGUCGAGUCCGGUAGACCCUCGUUUCUCGGACGUGGUGAAGCUGAGCGACUACCUGCAGCACGGGAGACGCCCGCAGUUCUGGGAGGAGAACUAUGUUAGAAGGGUGAUGGAGGCAGUAAGACUCAAAGAACUAGAAAUGAAACAAGCGGCAGAGAUCUUAGGCGUCAGCUACGGCACACUGUAUGGGAGGUAUCGCGACGUGUACGGCUGCAUCAACAGGCCUUACCGAAAUACCAGCGUUAACUCUAUCCCCUCUCCUCCUAGGGCCGUUCGUGAGUUCUGGCAAGCGAAGGGACCCUCAGAGGUCCUAGAACGACUGCAAAGGGGAGAGUUAACGCUCGACUCGGCGGCAACCGCUUUGGGAGUCAGUAUCGCGAACUUAGCAGCCCAUGUUGCUGACUUCGGAGUCCCGGAGAAAGAUAGAGCUUCGGAAGUACUUGACCGACUUCAAAGAGGGGAGAUGUCGCUUGAGUCAGCGGCCACGACUUUGGGCGUUAGUGUCGCGAAAUUGGCCGCCCAUGUCAACGACUUUGGGGUCCAAGAGAAAGGUAUGGUUGCAGACUUCGAGCCGAUCCCCAUAGAAGUGGAUCCGUCGCUGAAGAUGCGCUCGCGCACCUAUAGCGCGGGCGCCGCCAAGACUGCCAGGAAACAGGCUACGAGUUGUACUGUUAAUACUGGGGACCAGAAGCCGCCGAAGAAGCUAGUGGUAAGCUCUGUGACAGACGAGGAGCCGAUCCCCGCGACUGUCAUCGCCGCGCACGACGCCAAGCCAGCUACCGGCAACAGAAAAUGGCCAUCAAUAAGAGUAGCGAGUCUCGACUCUCUCAGAGGGAACGAUCCCCCCUCCACCGCGCCUAACCCAGCCCCCACCCCCGCCCCCGCCUCGCCCUCCGCCCUCAUGCGGACGCGGCCCGACUUGACCAUCGUCGCAGCCCGACGAGUCCCGGACAAAACCGACGAUGACGUCACCACGUGAUGAACCAAUCACAACGGAUAGAACUAUACGACCCGUGCUCUAGUGACAAAGUGCCCUUUUUAAACUCCACGAAGGUUUCAUUCUUCGCGUUUGACAGAUGACGUGUUUGCAGUUUGACAGGUGACUUUUGUGACAGCUGUCUGUUUCGGCGGGAGUUUUGACGUUUAAGUGAUGGUGAUUUGUUUUUUGUGUUGUUUUGGUAUGUUGACAGCUUGUAUGAUUCCGUCACUGUCUGUUGUUUUGAAGAAGGUGAAAAAAUUGAGUUGAUAGAUGCUACUUUGCUUUCGUGAUUUUGCACGUAAUGCAUAUGAGAAGAUUAUUCUUUUUGACAUUAUAAAGAGUUGCAUGUAAAAUACAUAAUUUAUAUCCAUGUAGUGUAAAAGUAAAAACUUUAGCAGCCUCUUCGAUAUUUUUUAUGUUUAUUUUCUUAAAAUUGUUACUAAGACGCGGGUCAUGUCCUAAAUUAUUAUGAAACUAAGCUAUGACCAAACAAUAUUUAAUACUUAGAAUGAAAAAAAAAACAUUUUCAUACACUCAGAAUUUUGUUAUAAACUUUUAAAAAAGUUAUAAUAAAAAAAGACGAACUCACUAAUCUCAAAAACAGAAUAUAUUAAAAUAUAUUAAUAAUAUGGUAUUGUCUUUUUUAAUUUAAAAUAUCUAAAUAUGUUUGCGAUUAAAACACAUACAUAUUUAUUGUAAUCAAUGUAACUGAAUUAUUUAUUUAAACUUGACAAAUAAAAAAUAUAUAUAAGAAUAAAUUGAUUAACUAUAGUUCCUCUGAGAUUUUCGACCUUGAAUUCUUAUGAAUUUGAAGAAAAAUAUAUAUAAAAAAUCCUGGUCAGUUGCACCAUUUAACUAUAACGAUAACCGAACCAUUUUCAGUUGUGAAAUCACCGAUUUGACCAAUGGGCGGUUAAUCCGUCGUACCACAAAAACUUUUAAACGUCAGUUUAACACCUGUCUAAAAAAAUGAGAGAUUAUGACGUUGAAAUAAGGUCCAUUUUGCAGCCACACUUUUUUUUAGACAAGUGUUCGACAGAUGUUUAAGUUUUUUUUUGUAAGACUACUUAUGCUUUGGUUAUCGUUAUAGUUAAAUAGUACAACUCACCGUUGGGAUUAUAAAAUGUCCGAAAUAGUUAAUGGGACGUUACGUCAAAGUUUGACAGUUAAAACAAUAUGGCGGAAUGUCAAUGAUUCUUAAAUUAAAAUAUUUCGGAGAACUAUAGCCAAUCAAAACAGUUAAUAUUGUAGUAAUUAUUAUUAUUACUUUCCAUUUAGUAUAGUUUAUUUACGACUGAUAUAAUUUGUGACCAACUGGCUGUUGUUUCAAAUAUUUAAAAAAUAAGUAGCGCAUCAAGUACUUCUGUAAACAGGUAAAAAUAAUGAUUUAGUUUCUACAGUAGACUAGUAUCACUAUAACAAUAGUUAUCCGUAAAAGUAUAGCAGUUUCCUAGUUUUAAGUACACAUACAGACAAAAUUUAAAACAACAGCCUUAACCGGAAGACAGAUAACACAGGAUGCACAUUUCCAUAGAUUAAAAAAAAUCAAAUGAGUAUUAUAAUGAAAAAAAAAACUCAACUUGUAACUUUAGAGUAUAUAAUAGUUGUAAUAUAUAAUCAUUUUUUAUUAAUAUAUUAUUAUAAUAGAUUUAGAUAUAAAUAUUAUAUAGUAGAGAAGUAUAUUAGAGAUAUACAUACAUAUAUAUUUUUUAACACUCGCUGUUUUCUAGAGGCCUUCGCGAAGACGGUCAUAGGUAAAUAUUUAUUGCUUACAGGAUGUUUAAUAUUGUAACUAGUUUAAACUGGAAUUUUCUUAUGUUUUUUAUCGCUUCAGCAAUUUUGAUUUUACCGUUAAAAAACUUGCAGGUUUCCUGUUUAGCUCAGUAUUUAUAGAUAAUAAUAUUCCUAAUACUCAUUUCCUAUCGAACUUUCUUAGUAGAAAAAAUAUUUAUUUUUAUAGGAAACUUAAUAUUUUUAAGAAAUAUUACUUACCUACUGCUUUCUCUGCACCACGCACGUGGGACAUUAAAAAUGGCUGAUUAUGAUAUUUUGCACAUAUUUUUCUUCAAUCAUCAUCUGCCUAGCCUUUUCCCACCUAUAUUAGGGUUGGCUUUCAGUCUAACCGGAUACAGCUAAGUACCAGUGUUUUACAAGGAGCGACUAAUACUUUUCUUCAAAAAAUUUAAAUGUACCUGUCAUAUUCUUAUUUAAGCAUGUUACAAUAUUAAAUAAACCUGUAUAGCAAAGUUGCGGGCACCAUAAUCCUAAUCUCCAAUAAGACUAUCACUUUGAUAAUCUAACAAUAUAUCGAGUUUAUCCUCAAAUAUAUCGAUAGCUCGUAUCGAUACUGGCACCUCUAGUAUAACUUAAAUACAUCAUCAUCAUCUCCCGAGCCUCCUAACUAUGUUGGGGUCGGCUUCCAGUCUAGCCGGAUGCAGCUGAGUACCAGUGCUUUACAAGGAGCGACUGCCUACCUGAACUCCUCAACCCAGUUACCCGGGCAACCCAAUGCCCCUUGGUAAGACUGGUGUCAGACUUACUGGACUACCUGACUGCAAGAGAUCGGGAGAUGAUGAUGAAAAAAAUAUAUAAUGGAUACAGGAACCUUUUUUUGGGACUUAUUUUAUAAAUCAUAAAUCCAUUCAUUAUUUAUUUAUUAUUUAGAUCAAUUUAUUUAACUAGAUAAUUUUAUAAAAGAUUUUUUUUCUUUAAAAAUACCAAAUCAUAUAUUUCUUUUUGUACCUAUCUCCCGCUAGAGGCGCUAGUGUCGACUCAAAAAGCUAAAAAAAACUAAAUCAAUUUGACAUAAUUAUCCUCACUAGAACUAAAAAUAUAUUAUACAACAAGAAAUAAAUUAAUAUAUAUUUGUAUAUUAUAAUAAAAAAAAUAUAAAAUAAACUGUCGAAUCCAUGAAAAACCGUCGUUGUAAUUUGUAAUAUAAGUUGUAGAUAUAUAAUGGCGAAUAUAUAGAGAAAUAUAUAAAAAUAUUUAUAUAAUAACUUUGUUCCUCUGACUUAGAUAAUAUGUGCUUUAUUUUGUGUUAACUUGUAGCAAUAUAAAUAACAUAUUUUACUCUACUAUUAUUUUUCUUCAUUUUCGUCCGCCUCUCUGAAUUACAUUGACAUAUAUCUACAUCAAAUAUUAUUUUUCAUUAUAACUAUUAUACUGAAAUUUCGUGAAAAACUGUUCAGCCGUUUUGUAUGUCUUCUUGACUUCUUCUGAUAAUUGCUACUUGCUAACAUUAAAUAAGCAAGUUAGGAAGUUAUUAUUAUAUUUAAUUAUAUAAUUUGUAUAGAUUUAAUAUUGUUUCAUGUCUUGUAAAGAAAUCCAUUAUUAAUACGGUUUGUGUAUAUGAUCCAAAAGAAUAUAUAUAAAAA